CGUGUGAUAAGGGAUAAUAAGAAAUUGCGAAUCCGGCAAAAGGAGGGAGUUGACGAUGACGAUGAUGGUAAACGUCAUCCACGGAGCAACGCGACGAUAUUGAGUGUUGAAACACUGCGUGGUGUGCAGCAGGGAAAGAAUUUCGGGUUCGUGCUUCGAGCUGGGAGACUGCAGCCUCAUUUGAAUAAAUUUUGAUUAAAUUGGGGUGAGCUUAACGGACGAAUAUAGCAGCUGUGUGUCUCCGGAGACAUACUUGCGUAUUCACAACACUCGAGGCGUUUGCAUUUGCAUUUGGUAACAUUUCGGAGCGAGUGAUUGAAUCGGAUUUUGGUAUUUCUGUGCGGUGUUUACAAGUGACGCAAACCAGCGACCGAUUUGUUUCAAAAUAUUUUUUCGUCUUGGUUCAACGAGUGCUGACCGCCUUCCACUUGUGGCCUACUCAGGUUCGCCGCUUGGUCAUCGGUGGUAUAAUGAGAAUAUAAUGAAUAUCCCUAUAGUAUCUGGAGACAUCGACGACGAUGGUUACAAGCCCAAGUUCAUCCGGGGCUCCGACCCAAGAGUGGCUACCUGCCGGGGCAAGCUACAGAACAGAAGAAGCAAACUCAACCAAGAAAUCAACAAGGAACUCCGGCUACGGGCGGGCGCUGAGAAUCUCUUCAAGGCCACGACGAACCGAAAACUGAAGGAGACGGUUGCCCUGGAGUUGAGUUUCGUAAAUUCGAAUCUGCAGCUGCUCAAGGAACAGCUGGCUGAAUUGAACAGUUCGGUGGAACUUUAUCAGAAUGCCGACAGCGAAGAACCUGUAAUGCCCAUGAUACCGUUGGGCCUGAAGGAGACCAAAGACAUUGACUUUCGAGAGCCGUUUAAAGAUUUCAUUCUAGAACACUACAGUGAGGAUGGCAGUCAUUACGAAGAAGCGAUUGCAGACCUCAUGGAUACUAGACAGGCCAUGAGAACACCGACUCGUGACACACCAGGAAUAGCGUUGCUUCUCCGCUACUAUAACCAGCUUUACUUCAUCGAGAGAAGAUUUUUUCCACCGGAUCGAAGCUUGGGAAUAUAUUUUGAAUGGUUCGACUCUUUAAUCGGAGUUCCCAGCUCUCAGCGAACAGUGGCGUUCGAAAAAGCUUCGGUUCUCUUCAACGCUGGAGCUCUUUAUACGCAGCUGGGUGCCAGACAGGACAGACGAACAGCUCGAGGACUCGAUCAGGCAGUUGACUCCUUCCUCCGAGCCGCUGGUACCUUCAGGUACAUCCACGAAAACUUUACCAACGCCCCGAGCAUGGAUUUGGGUCCAGAUAUGCUGGAGAUGCUCGUUCAGCUGAUGCUGGCGCAAGCGAGGGAAUGUCUUUUUGAAAAAUUGGAACUGCAGUCAAGAGAUAGCAGGGAUAUCGAUAUAUCUUUGGACCUUGCUCAAGAGGCUGCGCAGGUAGCAGCGGUUUACGCAGACGUGCAUUCCCUUAUUUCGCGCGAACCGGUGCGCGACUACGUCCCCGAGUCAUGGGUAUCGUUGAUUCUUGUCAAACGUGAACACCACUUAGCAAUGGCUCACAAACAUUGUGCCGUUGGGCUUCUGGAGCGACCAGUCUCCGAAAUGCGUGUAGAGACGAGGCUCGUCCUUGAGCACAUUCAGGAAAGUGAUGGUAAAACCCAGAUAGACACAACUGUGCCGAAGGACGAGCAGGAACGCAAGCUUUUGAGUCGAGCACAUUUGAGAGAGGCUCAAAUACUUCACGAAGAGAGUCAAAGGCUGCAACGAAUGUGCCGCGAAUUGAAGGGCAAACAAGCGUUGGCGAGGGUUUUGAAGAGGGCGCAGGACGCCACCUUCGAAGAAUACAAUCGGGUUGGUGACGAGGAUGAUUUCCGGGAACUCCUCGAUCCUCCUCACAUUCUAGCAUCCACAAAGUUCCAGUUGAGUCUGACCCAUCCAGACUUUGCCCAGCACGGAGUAGACGAUUUGUUCAGAUCCCUUGGUCCUGUUGCAAUAUUUUCCGCCAAGAGACACUGGACGGCGCCAAGAUUGGUUCAGCUUCAGAGAGGUCCUGGGGGCGAGGGAUUCGGAUUCAGCGUUCGCGGAGAUGCGCCAGUUAUCGUUGCUGCAGUCGAUCACAACUCCUUGGCCGAUUUGGGUGGAAUGAAGGAAGGUGACUUCAUCGUCAGUAUCGGAGACAAGGACGUCAAAUGGGCUACUCAUGAUGAAGUUGUGCGUCUCAUCAAGCAAUGCGGGGAUUCCAUCAGUUUGAAACUUGUCACUCCGAUGGAUAGAAAUUAUCUGAAAAAACCAGUGAAAUCAAACCAUCACGACAAAGGCAGCGUCUCCGCGAGCAGCUCGUCGGGUGUUUCUUCAGGACAACCGAGUCCUGCAGGAUCGGUAACGACUGCUCACGUCGCUCGGAGGCUCCCUUGGAAUCCUUUCAAAAAAUCUGGCAGUCAACGGGACAGCAGAGACCUCACCUUCGACAACGUCAUAUUGAGAUGAUCUUAUGUCACUCUGCAAAAUCGUCUGAUGAAUUUAGAGAAUCAGAUUUGCGACACGCUACUGUGCAAAAGCUUCUAUUUAUACCCUGCAGUGAGUAGAUCUGAUCAUAUAAGGGCAUAUCGAGUUCUUCGCCGUCGUUUAUUACCUGCCCCUAAUAACGCUUUGCUCUGCAAUUAUUGCAGCUUCGCUCAUCAAUAGCAUCGUAGUCGAGUUUCCGUUCUCGUGAUAAGAUUAAUUUACAGACUUUUCUUGGCAAUCGUAUGCUUUUAUUUUCUUGAAUCAUUCGUUCAUCAAGAUUUAUUAAUAUGGUGAAAUUAAGGUUUCUUUUUUCUGUAUUUGAAA